UAGGAAAAUAAAAUAACAUAAUGAAUUUGUUUGGCAUAAAUGAAUUCGAAGAGCGUAGACAAUUUUUUUUGAAACUAUUAAAGAAACUUGAAGAAAUACCUAGUUGUCCUUCAUUAAACAUUAAUAGUUCUCAGAAAAUAUACCAUACUUCACAAGACAGCCAUCAAGGUAUAAUGCAUUUUUGUUCAAAAGAGAUAAAUUUGAAGUCCACUCUAAAUAGUGAUUCGAAACCAUUGCAAGAACCAAAAGUGGAAACAUUGCAGAAUUUUUUUCACUCAUUUUUCCAGAAAAGCCUCCAGUUGAGAAAUUAUAAUUUGAGUGAUAAAAAUCUAUGUAACACCAUCAUUUGUGCUGAUCCUAGCAUUAAAAAAAUGAAAAAAUUUUCAAAUGGACUACUAGCUUUGGCACAAAACAUGUCGAGUAAUGCUCAAACUAAAAUCCAAAGUUUGGAAUGUGUUCCAUUACAUGUAUGUAGUAUAUUUGAAAAAAUUUCUGAUCAAAGUAUGAUUAGAGUUAAACAGAAAGGCAAUUAUGGUCAGAUAUUUUCAUUAGACUUAAAUGAAGCAAGCAACGAAGAGAUUUCAAUUUUUAACGACAAUAUAAAUAUAUUUUCAAAUCUCUUUCCAUUUUUUGAUAAUUUUAGCAAUCAAAAUAUUUUUUCUGAAAAUGUCAAUAUUCUUUCAAAAGAUAAACAAAAGUUUGAUGCUCCUUUUAAUGUCAUUUUAGAUUUAAAUAAGAAUUACAUUAAAAAAGCUACGAAUUACUGUCUUGAUUAUCGAAGUUUGAUUGCAAUUUUUUUGUUAUGGUUAAAGAACGUUUUACCACAAAAUGUACCUUUUAAAGAAAAUUUUUUUUCUCUAAGCAAAAUGCUUGUAGGGUCAUUUGUUUGCAAGAAAUUCCGAGUUGAAUUGGUUGAAUUAAAAGAAACACUUACAACAAUUAAAAUAUUCAAUAAUACAAUAAAUAACACUUUUUUGAUAGAAAAUGCAAAAGCAUUAACGUAUUCACCUGAAUGUUUUAACGACUCAAUAAUAAAGAAGUUCGAUUACGCAGUUUCUAUGAAAUUAGGAAACUCAGGUUAUCAUUCCGCUUUCAGAAACAGAGUUAUAUCAAAGCAUAAAUUUUUUAACGGAAGCUAUGGAGAUAGUAGCCUUCAAGAGGUUUCUCUGAAUAAAGUUACUGAAGAUGCAUUUUGUCAACAAAUACAUAAUUUAAAUCUAUGCAAGCAAUACGGUUUUCAUGAUAGCACUUCUCGAAUAGAUAGCACUCCUUGCAAAGAUCCCAUUCUUCAAAAAGAUCCCACUCCUCAAAAAGAUAUCACUCCUCAAAAAGGUACCACAGCACAAAAAACCCUUAUUCUCUGCAGAAAAAUAGAAGAUAAAACAAGCUCAGGUCAUAACCAAAUGAAACAUCCUAAAGGCUUUGUUAGUUCGAAUAAAAAAAUGCUUAUGAAAAGUAAUACCUCAUUACUAGCCUUCCAACUAAACAGAAGAAACAUAGUCUUUAAAUAUAGAAGAGUUAACAUCAGUAGAUUAUGCAAUGAUGCUAAAUUACUCUCUGAGAAGAUAAUUAAAAAGUAUCGCCGUCUAAUGGAGAAAAAAGCAAAAAUCCGCAAAACUAAAUUAAAUCGUAACUGCAAAAGCUAUUCUAACAAUGCUAGGUUUAAUUCAUUAGAGAAGACAUAUGUCUCGGAAUCAAAAACCAAAAGUUCCAAAAGGCAUUAUGAAGAAAAUAGUUUACAUUUUGGAUUAAUGUCAUCGAAAAACAACAAUAAGAAUUCAAUCACUGAGAGAAAUUCGCUAAUAAUGAUGAUUUCAAAAAGUUCAGUAAUUUCGAACACGUGUUAUAACUUGUCUUCUAGUGCGAUGUCUCUCCAUAGUUUUGGGAAAGUAAAAUCUGAUUUAAGCUAUCCAUUCAACAAGAUGCUUGACUUCUCCAAAAAAUACGAAAUAGCAAAUUUUUCUGAAGCUCAAUCACUACAGAGUUUUCCGCAGACUUCCAAGUAUUUUUUAAAUAAAAAAUCGACAAUGAAUGAUCCAUUAAUGAUAGAUUCCGUUAUAGAACCUAAAGAGAAGCAUGCUGCAUGCCAAACUGAUAUGUUAAACGAAUCCUUUGAGAAAUUUGUAGACUUAAACGCAUUUAUUUUGCUAAAUCAAGCCAAGAGUGAUAAUGAAAAUAAAGAUCCUGAUACUUUCAAAAAUAGCAAUCCUGGAACCAACAGAAUUUUAAAACCGUUAACAACAGUACCAAAUAAAAGAAGAGCUUUAUUUGCUAAACAUGAACAUGAAUCAGUUGUUGACUCAGCUAUUAAACCAAUUAAUUCACCAGGUAAAAUUUACCUGCCUACUACUCAUUCGGAUGCUCCAAGAUCAAAACCUAUUGAAGAUCAACUUGUGCCUAAUCAGAAGAAUGUAGUUGAUGAAGAAACAUUCCAUGCUGAAGUGGCCAAUAGUGAUCCGAAAGAUUUGAGAAAGAAAACAAUUUUGGAAAUGGAAAGAUAUAAAGUAAGAGUAGGUCUUUCUCGGAAACAGCGUGUGAAACCGCUUCAUCCUUAUUUAAAACGAUGAGGCUUUUAUCAAGAAAUUUUUUUUCAUGGCUUUUUCAUUUUCCAAAAUAGUUGGAAAUUCUGUAAAAUUUUGCACCUCAGAGAGCAUAAUAAACUUAA